GGCCCCGCCCUCUCAAGAUGGCGCUGCGCUCAAUGCGGAAGGCGCGUGGAUGCUGGAGCUUCAUCCGGGCACUUCAUGAAGGACCCAAAACUGUCCCCGCUCCCCAGAAAGAUGCUGUGCAUCGAGUGUUUUCUGGCAUUCAGCCUACAGGAGUCCCCCACCUAGGUAAUUACCUGGGAGCCAUUGAAAGCUGGGUGAGAUUACAGGACCAGCAUGACUCUGUGCUGUACAGCAUUGUGGACCUGCACUCCAUCACUGUUCCCCAAGACCCAGCUGCCCUUCAGCAGAGCAUCUUGGAUAUGACAGCUGCUCUUCUUGCCUGUGGCAUCAACCCAGAGAAGAGCAUCCUCUUCCAGCAAUCUCAGGUGUCUGAACACACACAAUUAAAUUGGAUCCUUACCUGCAUGAUCAAAAUACCCCGAUUACAACAUUUACACCAGUGGAAGGUGAAGACUGCCCAGCAGAAGCAGGAAGGAACUGCAGGCCUGCUCAUGUACCCAGUUCUCCAGGCAGCUGACAUCUUGUUAUACAAGUCCACAUACGUUCCUGUUGGGGAGGAUCAAGUCCAGCACAUGGAGCUAGUGCAGGACUUAGCACGAGGGUUCAACAAGAAGUAUGGGGAAUUCUUCCCAGUGCCCACGUCCAUUCUCACACCCAUGAAGAAGGUAAAAUCCCUCCGUGAUCCUUCUGCCAAAAUGUCAAAGUCAGACCCCAACAAGAUGGCCACCAUCAGCAUCACAGACAGCCCGGAGGAGAUUGUGAAGAAGUUCCGCAAGGCCGUGACAGACUUCACCUCAGAAGUCACCUAUGACCCUGUUGGUCGGCCGGGGGUCUCCAACAUGCUGGCCAUUCAUGCGGCAGUCACUGGCCUCACCGUGGAAGAAGUGGUCCGCCGCAGCGUGGGCAUUGACACCGCUCACUAUAAGUUGCUCGUGGCAGAGGCUGUGAUCGAGAAACUGGCCCCAAUUAAGAGGGAACUUGAAAAGCUGAAGCAGAACAAAGACUACUUGGAGAAGGUUUUACAAGCUGGGUCAGCUAAAGCCAAAGAGUUAGCAUAUCCCGUGUGCCAGGAGGUGAAGAAACUGGUGGGGUUUCUAUAGGAAUUGUCUACUCAACACAAAAAAGGACUUCAAACACUUGUGGCCAGUGCACCCUGAAGACAGCUUUCCUCACAAGCAAAAUUAUGUAAUUUGUGGACAUUUAAUUUUGUUUGUUUCUGAUUUUUUUUUUCCUUUUCGGGUAUUUCUUCCCCUUUUUGACAAACAGAAAAGAGGGUGGGGAGAGAGAGCUCUGCUUCACUGCUUGUGAAGUUCCCUCCCUACAGGUCGCGGGGUGGGGUCUUAAAUAUAAUCCUGUAUCUGGGUCCAUGUCCACUGUAAUGUGUAUACUCUACACAGUACACUGCAACCUUUUUUAAUAGUGUGUUUUGACCUUUCAGUAGAGUAGUCUCCUAAAUCCCAUCAACAAAAUGUGACAAAAAUAAAAAGAGAGAGAGAGUGAAAAGGAGAAGAAAAGGCACAGAUAAGUCCCCUGUUGUGUGAGACAAACUCUCUGGCUUGAAUUUAUCUACAUGACUAUGACUGGAGUGAACAGUAAUUUGGCAAAUGAAAAUAUCAUCUGUGUCUCUCUAGAGUACAUACUAUUAAAGCUGGUGGUGAUGCACCUGUUAGCACACAUGUUACAAUGUGCAAAAACCUGAGUUCAAGCUUGUGGGGGGACAGCUUUGCAAGUGGUGAAGCAGGACUGCAAGUGUCUCUUUUUCUCUCUCUCACUAUCUCCCCUUCCCUCUCAAUUUCUGGCUAUCUCUAUAAAUGAGUAAAUAAAUGUUUUUAAAAAAAUUUAGAUUACAUACUAUCACAGAUUCUCUUCAUCUGUCUCAACUCUUCUAAAAAGUAAUACUAGGGCUGGGGAGACAGCAUAGUGGUUAUACAAAAGACUUAUUAGUGAUUUACAAAAUUACAAGAUAACAGGGGUACAACUCCACACUGUUCCCACCACCAGAGUUCUGGGUCCCCAAUCCUUCCAUACAAAAGAUUUUUAUAUUUGAGGUGCUAAAACUCCAGGUUCAAUGCCUAGCACCAUCAUCUGCCAGAGCUGAUGUUCUAGGAUCUCUCUUCUCAUAUCUUUUAUUAAAAAAUAAAACAGUGGAAGUCGGGUGGUAGCACAGUGGGUUAAGUGCAGGUGGCUCAAAGCACAAGGACGGUUUGAGCCCUGGCUCCCUACCUGCAGGGGAGGGAGUUGCUUCACAAGCAGUGAAGCAGGUCUGCAGGUGUCUGUCUUUCUCUCCCCCUCUCUGUCUUCCCCUCCUCUCUCCAUUUCUCUCUGUCCUAUUCAACAGUGAUGACAUCAAUAACAACAACAGUAACAACUACAACAAUUAAAAAACAAGGGCAACAAAAGGUAAUAAAUAA